UGCGAACCCCAUCGCGGACUCCUCGCCUCUCGGUCACCGCAUUGUAAGACACACGACGGAUUCUAAUGCCGUGGGAGAGAAAGAGCGAGAGCGAGGGAGAGCGAGAGAGUGCGCGCAACAAGUAGGAUGAGAAUUAGAUAGCAGCGUAAGGAUUCAACGUUGAAUUCCUCGUAAUUGGCACUUCAUAUCAGAAGGUUAAUUCCGAGGUUUUGGAAGAUGAUUCCGGCCUCGAUGCGGACCUGGAGGCGUGUGGGAUUGUAUAACUUGUGACCGAUUCUACCUACGAGUGCAAACUCACUUCCCACUGGAUCUGUGUCUCCCGAAUACUUCGCGUAUUCAGUCCUAGUUAUAUUAUCUGUUAUAGGAAUCUAUGAUUGUGGGAUUGGACCUGGUGUUGAUCAUAUCUGUUUAAUUUGAGAUGGAAAUACAGCCAAUUGUAAUUAGUUCAGGGCAGUCCUUGUAUGAAUCAUUGCAGGCCUUUCAGGAUACCAACAGCAAUUUAAUUCGUAGAAUUUAAACUAUCCAGUGUCUUCUCGAAACAAACGUAACGCUGGACCGUCCCUUAACUGAAGCGCGGUUCACUUCGAAUUGAUGGUUGAUUGAGUGUUGUUAGCCGUUGACAACAUUGGUAAGUGGUUAUGGCUUGCACAGUGGAGCCAUUUCAAACACAUGGGUGUCUACAUGGGAUAACAAACUUCUUUACUCUAUGUAGUGAGAAAUGAACAACGGAUUAUGCUUAACUCGAGGACACCAACGGUUAAAUCCUUCGAACGGGAGAUCCAAGAAUCUAUUCUGAUGUAAAAUUAUGGCUGCCUACCUGUGGGAGGGUUAUAAGGACAUAACUUGUAGUCAACAAAGAUUUGUGGAGUCGUCAUCGCUUGCCGGUUGCAUACACUUUGCUGCUGAGAGAUCAACUCUAUCGCACUCAGGCAUUCAAAUGUUUCAUGAUCGUUGGAGGAUGGAAGCAAUUUUGAGACCUUUGACAAUCUCUUUCUACCUUUCCAUCAACCCGCCAUACGCACCACAAGGAUCGACUCACAAUCCGCCAAAACAUCGAAUCACAAACUCAAACUCAGAUACGUUCAAUUGAUCAGUUCCAGCUGCCGGAAAUGGUGUGGCAACACAAGCAAAUGAUGGGGCCAAGGAACAAAUUGGCCAGAUAUAAGAACCACAAUAAUUUGGUCGAAGAAACAGCGUAAUUGGUUUCGUCAGGAGCUCUCAGAGGGGUUGAGCAGCAGUCACUAUGACUGACGAAGAAGAAGUAGAGGGGGAAGAGGAGGAGGAGGAGGAAAAGCCAGAAGCAGCAGGCGGGCCAACAAAUCCAUCAGAAAUUCACAAAAACAUGACACAGCAUGCAGCAUUUGUUGCUGAAAAACUGAACGCACUGUUCGCCACAACCGUCAAAAUUCAGGGAGAUAUAGCUGACCUAGAAAACAAACUGCGGGCUGAGUUUGAUGAAAAGGUCCGGGUGCACCACGAGCUGGCCAUGACACGGAUUGUAGCACUGGAGGAGCUUUGCACUGUCUAUGGCCUCAGGCUGGACGAUCAGAAGAGGACACAAGAGCAGCAAGCUAUGCAGCUCGAUGAUCUUCAGAACCAAGUUGGCAUUCUAUUCUUCAGGUUUCACUGAUGCUAGCGGUUCACAAUACAACCUUCAACGAGCAGACAAACAAGGACACACACUGAGGCCGUGAAAUCUCGUGUCGGUACAUUUGUAGCUCGAAAACCCAGCAGAUUGCAUUUAGUGGUUGCAUGGUUUUCUACUCCUUUUCACAGAUAACCUAAAACGAGUAAAUAGUAUUCCCAACUAUAUAGUUCGAUCCUAAUCAUCAAGAGAUCCCAAAUACUGAUUCAAAUUGGCAAUGCAGAGUGGAAAUUGUAGUGGUGUGUGUGACGUAGAUACGGCAACCACAGAGCACAUGAAGAAAAGUUCCAAGUCUUGGUUUAAUGGAUUCACAUCGUGAAGAAAUGCAUUCUUCCAUUUCUUCAUGGAGGCAUUUGUGACUAUGAAACUCUCUAUCUCAGCAUAUCAUUCAUUAAAUAACUAACAUUCAGUGACCCACUCUAUUUGCGAGAGAGUAUGAGAUGUUCAUGGCUACUUGUAGCGGAUUCAUGCCAAAUUCCUGCGCCUCCAUAAGUGCACAGCUUUGCAGGUGUAGUCAACUCCUUAUUGCUCAAAGGAAAGAUCAAUUCCUUUUGACACAACUCCAAGAUUGAAGUUGCCAUGAAAAACUGUUGGUUCUAUUUUUUUCAACCUUUUGGGUAACGUGAUUUCUAUUUAUUUA